GGGACGCAUCAGUUGCAGCCUUGAAUCGAAUUUUCUCUCCGCAACUCCCUAGUCAUUAUCUGAACACAACAACAAAGUAUUCUGACUGUACUGUAGCCGACAACAUUUCAUGCAAUACAAAGAAACAUUUGCUUCCACAAUGAAUCGGGACAAAGCUAGUCCGUCCCCCUCCAUCCACCCUGAGUCCCCAGGUCGACCGCCUCUCCGUACUUUACUGCUGGUUCUGGUCGACUGCAGGAAAACACCGGGGCAGAGUGGAACUAAGAGAGGAGAAGGAGAAGAGGAACAUGGAGAUUUAAUUUCAUUAAGGGACAGCCCUAAUCGUUGCUCUCUCAGUGGGAGGGGCUUAUCAUCUGUGGAGACUCAACAACAUCAUGAUGCUAUCAAGAAAGAACAGAGUCUCUCCAGAUCAGAACACCUCAAGAAACACCAGCAGAGACGAAAAGGGAAGAAACCUCACCACUGCUGCUUUGACUGUGGGAAGAGUUUUGCUAAACAGAAGGAAUUGAUCAUUCAUGAGCGGAUUCACACCGGUGAGAAACUGUACCACUGCUCUCAGUGUGGGAAGAGUUUAGCUGCAUCUAAAACAUUAAAUUCUCAUCAGAAAAUUCAUACAGGGGAGAUACCUUACCCCUGCUUUGAUUGUGGGAAAUACCUCAAUCAAUCAGGAGCCCAGACUACACACCAACGCAUACACACAGGAGAGAAGCCUUAUAGCUGUGAUCAGUGUGGGAAGAGCUUCAAUCAAUCAGGAGCCCUGACUAAACACCAACGCAUACACACAGGAGAGAAGCCUUAUAGCUGUGAUCAGUGUGGGAAGAGCUUCAAUCGAUCAGGAGACCUGACUACACACCAACGCAUACACACAGGAGAGAAGCCUUAUAGCUGUGAUCAGUGUGGUAAGAGCUUCAAUCAUUCAGGAGCCCUGACUAGACACCAACGCAUACACAUAGGAGAGAAGCCUUAUAGCUGUGAUCAGUGUGGGAAGAGCUUCAAUCAGUCAGGACACCUGACUUUACACCAACGCAUACACACAGGAGAGAAGCCUUAUAGCUGUGAUCAGUGUGGGAAGAACUUUGCUCGAGAUUUCACCCUGACUACACACCAACGCAUACACACAGGAGAGAAGCCUUAUAGCUGUGAUCAGUGUGGGAAGAGCUUCAAUCAUUCAGGAUCCCUGACUGAACACCAACGCAUACACACAGGAGAGAAGCCUUAUAGCUGUGAUCAGUGUGGGAAGAGCUUUGCUCGAGAUUCCAUCCUGACUACACACCAGCGAAUACACACAGGAGAGAAGCCUUAUAGCUGUGAUCAGUGUGGGAAGCGCUUCAAUCAUUCAGGAUCACUAACUACACACAAACGCUUACACACAGGAGAGAAGCCUUAUAGCUGUGAUCAGUGUGGGAAGAGCUUCAAUCAGUCAGGACACCUGACCACACACCAACGCAUACACACAGGAGAGAAGCCUUAUAGCUGUGAUCAGUGUGGGAAGAGCUUUAUUCAAUCAGUAGAGCUGACUAGACACCAGCGAAUACACACUGGAGAGAAACCUUACUCCUGUCUAUGUGGAAAGAGCUUUGCUCAUUCAGGGUCACUGAUAAAACACCAGGAAGCACAAAUGUGUUGUUUUUUAUCUCCCUCUCCUGCACCGGUUCCAGAUCCCUAAAUAGAAUUUCAAUAGAAAACAUAUUGUAAAGAGUCAUCCAUCUCCCCUUCUCUAUAAGUUUACUAAGUCUGAUUACCAUGGUAACCUGUGUAGCAUGAUAUGCAGCUCUGGAUCCAUAUUUUUAUUUUUAUUUUUAUUUCACCUUUAUUUAACCAGGUAGGCAAGUUGAGAACAAGUUCUCAUUUACAAUUGCGACCUGGCCAAGAUAAAGCAAAGCAGUUCGACAACAUACAAAAACACAGAGUUACACAUGGAGUAAAACAACAUACAAUCAAUGAUACAGUAGAAAAAAACAAGACUAUAUACAAUGUGAGCA